GUCGUCUGGAAAGCUCCUUCAUUCAUUACAAGGUCUCUAGCGCCAUAUGGUUGGUAGUGAAGCCACCAGGAACAACGGCACGGUUCUGCGGCCUCGCCACGACCUUUCAGCGCGACGACGCUUUCUGUUGGGCCCGCUCGAGCUGCUCUCAGCGUCGCGAUGGCUGCCAAUCACGCUUGUGUACGCCAGUGUCAUCGCCACGGACGAUCUCCAGGAGGCCAUUCGAACGGCGCUGGAUGCGUUUCCCAUCUUUGCUGGACGAUUGCAAUGGCACACGGGCAAAGACCACCGAGCGGUGCGACUGGCGGUCGAGCUGGACAACGACCAAUGUGGGAUCCCGUUCCAUACACAAGUCUCGGAGCUACACCUCGAUGCGGUGGCUCUCUCACCAACCGCGACAAUGUGGCAGGUCCGGCGGCCGCUCAGCAAGCUUUUUGCAAAUCCGACGCACGCGACCUCGGUGCGCGCGAUGGUCCAGCAGUCGACGCCAUUAGUGUUUAUCACGGUGACGCACCUUGCGGAUCACUCGGGCUCAGUGCUGUCGAUUGAGUUUGCCCAUUGCCUUGGGGACGCCGCGUCGUUCUACCAUUUUCUCUCGCUUGUUGCGGACGCGGCACAACAUGUACGACGUCCAGACAGCGUCAUCGACUGGAGCGGACCCUAUACUCACUUGCACGCGCGUCUCUCGCGCGUGACGCCGUCGACGUCAUGGCUCUUUGUGACGCCUCACGCGUCCCGGCCGGCCGCCCGUGCCCCCGGCGACCUCUGCGUACAAGGGCUCGUGUUUUGGCUCUCGCCUGACGAAAUCAACGCGCUCAAGGCAUCGGCUAACUUUCCGCGCGCGAGCACAAACGACGUCGUAUCUGCAUUCUGCUGGCAGCUAGUUGCGAGCCAAGACGCGACCAAGGCCACGUACCUCCGCGUCCUCGUCAAUGUCCGCUCCGUGUUCCGUCCCCCGCUGCCAGCCACCACCAUUGGCAACAUGAUUUACGCCGUGCAUGUCCCGCCGCCAUCGAAGAAUGACGUGGCGGCGCUGGCGUCUGCGUGUCGUUUGGCAAUCGAAUCGGCCAAGGAGUCCGCAGUCAGUGACAUUGCAGCCGUCUACGAGAAAGCCGCGUCGUGGUCUAAGCUCUAUUGGCACGCGCCCGAGGCUGCGGAUGUGGUCGUGUCGACCACGAACCUCUCUCGCUACAACUUUACGCAGCUGCAAAUGCCCACGCAAGGCGGCUUUGCUUCCGCGGUGGACCAGCUUGAGACGGCGAACGGCGGGUUCCUUCAUUUCUUUCAAGUGUUUGCCGAUGCACGGGGUGGUGUCCGCGUUGUCGCGCAUGUCGCACCUGCCCACGUCGCGGCGUGCACGGCCGAGCUAACGGCGCUGCGGCACCGUCUCGCGUCGCAUAUACCUAGCCAUGGACAAUAACGACCAAUUGACAUCAAAGAGCAAAACACGUGUAUGUUGGUUGC